AUGCCACCAAUUGUUCACUGCGUGCGCCACGCGCAAGGCGUUCAUAAUCUCAGUCAUGCAAACCACAAUUUGCCUGAUCCCGAACUUACACCUCUGGGCGAAGAGCAAGCUCGGGAGUUGGGUGCCAAAUUUCACUCAUUGGAAAAUAUCGAGUUGAUUGUGUCAUCACCAUUGCAACGCACCAUUCAGACCGCGCUUCUCGCGUUUGCCUCGCAGGUGAGAGACGGCGGCCUGCAGGUAGUUGCCUGGCCAGAAGUACAGGAAGCAAGUGAUCUUGUUUGCGACACUGGCAGUGAUCUGCGAGAUAUUGAGCAGAAAUUCAACCAAUCACCCGUUGAUUUCUCUUUAGUUACUCCUGGCUGGCAUAUUAAGCAAGGAAAAUGGGCCCCCAUCGCAGAGAGACUCCUCGAGAGAGCUCAAUUAGCACGAGAAUGGCUAAUGCAACGACCCGAGAAGGAAAUAGUUGUGGUUUCGCAUGGCUGUUUCUUGCAUCUUCUGACAGAUGAUUGGGUGAAUGCAAUUAAUUCACACGCAACGGACUGGACCAAUGCUGAAGUUCGAUCAUAUCACUUUGAACAUUACGAGAACAAGAAGCCGGCUCUAUGCGAGACCUUGCAAUCCAGGGAAAGACGAAGCUUAGGGCCGGCUUCCCCGUCUAGAAAAGAACAGCUGGAAUUGAAGAAGACGACUCUUGAAACUUGGAUCAAAUGGGGUGUCAUAUCAGCAUGA